UAGCGCCAGUGGUUGCCAUGGCGUCCAGCAGAAAUCCAUCUCGAUAUGUGGGCCUGCGUGGACCAAAGGGAGUAAAACAAAGCUCUGGGUGAGUCGUGGCGACGGAGCCGCUGGUCCGGGGGUCAAGGAAACUCCCUGAAGAUAUGGAGUGGUCAUACUCAGGAAUCCAAAACCAGCGUAACUGGGGCAAGAAGUAUCCGUCCUGUAACAGUGCCAAACAGUCCCCCGUAGACAUUGAUGAGACAUUUACCCAGGUCCAGCUGCAGUUCCAAAACCUACAGCUAGAAGGAUGGGACAAACCAACAGCGUCCAGCACCAUCCACAACAACGGGAAGACUGUUGCCAUUGAUGUGGACGGAGAGUUCUUUGUGAGCGGAGGAGGGCUUAGUGCAAGGUUUCGGGUUGGAAGAAUCACCUUCCACUGGGGUCGCUGCAACGCGACGUCUGAAGGGUCUGAGCACAGCCUGAACGGAAUGAAGUACCCUCUAGAGAUGCAGAUUUACUCGUACAACCCAGAUGAAUUUCAGAGCCUGGACGAGGCUGUCAAAGACGGAGGGAGAAUGGCAGCUGUGGCCGUGCUCUUUGAGAUCAGCCUGGACGACAAUGAGAAUUUGAUUCCUCUUACAGAUGCCGUCAACACCGUGAGCAGGUUUGGUAAGAGCCGGUCAAUGGAGGCGUUCACAUUGCGGUCCCUGCUACCUAACAACACGGACAAAUAUUACAUCUACAACGGCUCGCUCACAGCCCCUCCCUGUUCUGAAAUCGUGGAAUGGAUUGUCUUUAAACACACCGUGGCCAUAUCAGAAACACAGCUGGAGGUGUUCUGUGAGGUGAUGACCAUGGAGCAGGCCGGCUACGUGAUGCUGACAGACUACCUGCAGAACAACUUCAGGGAGCAGCAGCAGCAGUUCAUGGGUCAGGUGUUUGGCUCGUUCACCGGAGUGGAGGAUGUGGGCACACCGACCUGCAGCUCAGUGCCGGAAAACGUUCAGGCCGACGCCCAGAACGACACGACCAUUGUCGUGACGUGGGAGCGACCUCGCGUCGUUUACGACACAACCAUAGACUGGUACACAGUCACCUACCAACGGCUCCAGGGCCAGGACCAAACCAAGCAGGAGUACAGGACAGACGGGGACCAGGAUGUGGGAGCCAUCAUCCACAACCUGUCGUCCAACAGCAGCUAUGUGGUUCAGGUGAUAGCUGUUUGUACCAAUGGACUCAGAGGACGAUGGAGUGACCAGAUUAUAGUGGACAUGCCCUUAGAAGACCCUGAAAGUGAUUCGGACCCUGACCCGGUCCCCAACAGGGAGGUGCCACCUAGAGUCAAAUGGGAAAAGCCCAAGAUCCAAAAUCCGGUGGAUUUGUCUCCAGACCACAGUCCAGUUAUGGAGGUGCCGGCAGAGCAGACCAGAGUUUACCAGAAUCAACCGUCGCACGACCAGAACCAAACCCACCAUAAGUCCAUGGUUUUACAGAAAACCCAGCUGAACCAGAAAAUAAAAAAGAAACUGGGUCGUAACCGGAUUAAACCUGAUGAUGUGAGUCAAAACUGGAUUGACGAGGACAGGAUUCCAGAUCAUCGUUCGUUUACUGACAAUGGUGCAAUCUGGGUAACUGAGGUCACUGAGCAGCCAGGCUUCCUGUUUCCGGUUGCUCGGACCCCAACCCUGCCGACGAGUCGCCGGCAUAUCACAGAGGAGGCUUCGUUGUCAGUAUUGUCUCAUGAGUCCAAGGAAGUCAAUCCAACAGACAGAACUGGUGAAAGUGGGUUCCCAUCUCCCCAGUCUGACCUCUACACGCCUCCUAUGGAGGACAUUAAAAUCACUGAUGUCUUUUAUGAAGACACGAUCAACAGUUUGCCAAUGGAAACCACCACCUCUGCCGCAACUGUGUCUGCUGCUUCUCUGCUACCUGGUGAAUACAUGGAUGAAGACUCCCUGCUGUCCAGUGUUGUCCCCGUGAACAAACCUCUGCCAACAACCACCAUGGCCUCCUCCACUCCCUCCCCCCUCUGGAUCACAGCAAGGGUCGCGACUGCCAGCAACAGCCUCACCGACUCCGUCUACAAAACGUUCACCCCUUCCUCGCUUCUCCGGGUGCUGAUACAUACAACCCAGCCCAUGUUCAACACAAAUAAGCCCUCAUCCAGGUCAGAGUCCUCUGGCUUAACGAACACCCCCAGAGUCGUCAUCAUCUACCCUGCAAACACUGCAGUCUCAGCUAAAAAGGAUUUACUCAGUGUCACUCCCCAGUCAGUCAACAUCCUUAAUGAAUACACCAGCCAUUUUCCUCCUUCUCAUGCCCUCAUUGAAGAUCAGAGAACUGGCGCUAUCUUUCAUCAUACGGACCAAUCCCAGACAUCUACUACUCCGGAUUCUGCUCAUCAUUUAAGCGUUGCAUACUCCCUCUCUUUAUUUCCUGGACCUGACCUUACCAAUAAAGUGCCCAAAACAAUCACUUUUGAAGGAGCUACAUCAAAUGCUAAUUAUGCGCACAGUGAUGGUACGGUCCUUCUUGACAAAAAAGAUGAGGCCAGAACAGACAUUCAUCAAAAUGACCACAACUUGAGUUCAGUCUCAUCUUUCUUGGAUUCUACAAAUGUGGAUUUGUCUGUUCAUCCAAUGGAGGGCAGUGGAUCAGGCUCUGGCCUUGAAAGCAGUGGACUGAACCAGGACAUAGAGGAAUCGACUACACUCCGGACUGACCUUUUAUUCACUUCCGUGGAUAAUACAGAGAAAGAUACAUUUGUAGUUGAGAUGGCCAGUGAAACUGAUAAUGAUAAAGAAUGGGUAGUAAGCACAGAAGAGAGGGGAGCAGAGGCAGAGAGAAUGAUUCAGGAGAAUGAAAGUGAGUUUAGCGGUGAGGGAGAAGAAAAGAUAAGAGUUCAAGACAGCGGGAAUCAGAGGAGAGCGGAUGGACAAAUGGAUGACGUGGUUGGACAGCUCAAUAGCCCAGCAGAGUAUGACUUAUUGAAAAGGCAGGAGUUAGAGACUAAUGGGGAAACUGUAACAGGAAACAAAAUUCACACUGAGAUCAGUAGUGGGGCUGAAAUUGAAUCCAGUCUUAGAGAUUUUAGCUGGCCUGGGGGCAUGAGUGGGUCGGGAGAGGGAAGUGGAGAGAGAGAGCAAGAAGGUACAGGACGAGAAAAGAUGGACAGUGUCACCAGAAAAUAUAUUAAAGCAGCUGAAAGUGGAAUAAAAGAAGUUGGAAGACUAGAUGUUGAAGUUAAAAUUAAAGCAGACCUCCCCCUGUUUGGUAGUAAUGAAGAAAGUAGGAAGGACGAGCGUGAUGAGAGUUCGAUUGCUGGAGGUAACUCUUCUUUUGAGGGCAACAGAGAGGAUGACAACCACGGUCAUGGCCUUGAGAGGGAUGACCUCAUUGAGGAAGGCGGAAAACGGCCCAGUCAUGCAGCAGUAACCGGACAAAGGCUGCAGCAGUUUUCAAGCGAGGACAGGUUGUUGUUUGAUGCCGCCCCAGGUCCUGUGCUGGGGAGCUUAGCCCCUGUGCUCAGACUGGCAGACGCCAACAAGCCAAAGGAAGAGGGCACCAACAGCAGCCAUGAGUCACGGGUCGGGCUGGUUGGGGGUGUGGAGAGGGAGAAACGCACAGUAGUUCCCCUGGCUGUCGUCUCCACGCUCACCAUCCUCUGUCUCCUGGUGCUGGUGGGCAUACUCAUCUACUGGAGAAACUGUUUCCAGGCUGCAAACUUCUACCCAGAAGACGGCGCCUCGCCCAAAGUCAUAUCUGCUCCGUCUACGCCUCUGCUACUAGCCACAGAUGGUCAUGAGCCGCUGACAGUGAAGCAGUUUGUGAAGCACGUCAUGGAACUCCACAACACCAACACUUUCUCUAAGGAGUUUGAGAUUGUCAAAGAAUCCUAUGAGGAGGUGCAGGCCUGUACAGUGGACAUGGGCAUCACUGCUGACAGCUCCAAUCAGCCUGACAACAAGAGCAAGAACCGAUACAUCAACAUACUGGCAUAUGACCACAGCAGAGUAAAGCUCUCCAGCAGUUUGGACAGAGAUGGGAAAUGCGGUGACUACAUCAACGCUAACUUUGUUGAUGGUUAUGAGCGAACGAGGGCUUACAUCGCAGCUCAGGGGCCUCUGAGAGCGAGCAGGGAUGACUUCUGGAGGAUGAUCUGGCAGCAAAAUGUGGGCGUUAUCGUCAUGAUCACCAACCUCAAGGAGAAAGGACGGACAAAAUGCGACCUGUACUGGCCGGAGGAGAACCAGGAGGAAUAUGGUCCAUACCAGGUGACCCUCAAAAGCAGCAAGACCCUUGCUUACUAUACACUGCGGACAUUCACUGUGAGAGAUACAACAAAUAAGGUGUCUCAGAAAAGAACUGAACACACAGUUCUCCAUUAUCACUAUACUCAGUGGCCAGACAUGGGAGUCCCAGAAUACACUCUGCCGGUACUGUCCUUCAUCAGAGCCUCCUCCCAUGCCCGGACACAGGAGAUGGGACCUGUCCUGGUUCACUGCAGUGCUGGUGUAGGAAGGACAGGAACCUACAUAGUGAUAGACAGCAUGCUGCAGCAGAUCCAGGAUCAGGGGACGGUGAACGUUCUUGGUUUUCUAAAACACGUCCGGACUCAGAGAAACUUCCUGGUUCAGACAGAGGAGCAGUAUGUGUUUAUCCAUGAUGUUCUGGUGGAAGCCAUCUUGAGCCGGGACACCUCUGUGACCUCUGACAUGCUCCACACUUAUGUGUCUGACCUCCUGACCCCCGGAGCGACAGGCAGGACACGCAUGGACAAACAGUUCAAGUUGAUCAGUCAGCGGCAGGCGAAGCACGCAGACUACAGCACUUCUUUGAAAGAUGGCAAUGCAGAGAGGAAUAGAGCCAGAGCGCUGAUGCCUGUGGAAAGAUCAAGAGUAUGUCUGACAGCAACAGAGACAAACUCCACAGGUUACAUCAACGCCUCCUAUGUCAUGGGACAUCAUUACAGUAAGGAGUUCAUAGUGACUCAGACUCCUCUGAGCAGCACAGUGGCAGAUUUCUGGAGAAUGAUCUGGGAACACAACACGCAUACUGUUGUCUGUCUGCCAGACACACAUGGCCAGAGUGAAGAGGGCACGUGUGGUGUCUUCUGGCCCAUUAAAGAACAGCCACUGGUCUAUGAGGGCUUCACUGUGUCGUACUCUGCAGAAGAAGAACAUGUGUGUCUGUCCAGUGAGGAGAGACUUUUGGUGCAAAACUUUACUGUGGCUUCUCCACAGAAUGAUUCCGUAUUGGAGGUGCGCCAGUACAGUGCCACUUGCUGGCCAAACCCCGACAGUCCCAUCCGGAACAGUUUUGAUCUCAUCAACAUAGUCAGAGAGCACAGCAGACACACAGGUGGACCUACAGUCGUACAUGAUCCGUUGGGAGGUGCUACCUCAGGGCUGUUCUGCGCGCUCACCACCCUGUCCAUUCAGCUAGAGGAGGAGGGCGCCGUAGACAUCUACCAGGUGGCACGGAUGACCAACCUUAUGAGGCCUGGCGUAUUUAACGAUGUAGAGCAGUACCAGUAUCUCUACCGAGGUGUGCUGAGUCUGGUGAGCAGUCAGGAGGACCAGAAAGCCCUGCAGAGUCCAGAAACCAAUGGAUCUGUACCGCUGGGCCAAAACAACAUCACAGAGAGCCUGGAGUCACUCAUGUAGAUGCAUAGCAGUACUUAAAGAAUCCCAGAGGAAAACACACAUUUAACAUGACAUACGGUAAAGGCAUCAUACAAGAAUACACACCAACAUACAGUAUACAGUAGCCUAAGGCCACUUGUUGCCAUUUAGCCUGACACAAUAUGGGAUGAAAUUGACAUCCAUUAUGUCUGUGAUUCAUGGCUUUGUAUGGUACAGUAUGCUUUAAUGUUUGCUAACCUCAAAUUGUUAUUCAAAAUCCAAAAUAAAAAUCAAUAUCCCUUAUAAUACAUUAAAAUGUUCACUUCUAGUUGGUGUAGAACUAAAUAGUUUUGUUUUUCCUCCUCACACAACACGUGUUUGGAUGCACAGCAGAGACACUAUACAACCAGAUAGGACUUUUACUUUAAUACAGAAAAACAUCUCACAGUUUAAUCAGACAUCCUUUAUAAGGAGUUAAUAAGUUUCGUGGCUUUAUUAAUGGCUUUCAUGGCUUUAUUAAUGCUUCAUUUAUAACACUAUAAAUAAAAGCUGACAAAUCCAGGUGUUAUAGUGUGUACACACACAGUAUAUACGUAUAAGGGCUAAAUACUUUCUGAAUACAUUGACAAAUAUCUUUAAAUAACUUUUAAAGCCAUUAGCCACAAAGUAAAAGCCCUUUAACAGUUUAGCAUUUCAAUUAUUAAAGGUUUGUAGGAAAUCGCAUCAAUGUCCUAUUAUCAAAAUCCUGCAAACAAUGUACGUUGUUAGUCACUGUGGAGCGUGAUGCUGCGGAGAGAAGGAAGACUGAGUAAACAUUAAAUACGUGCAAAUUUAUUUUACAUAAAUGUUUGGCUUUUGAAUAUCGAUUCCUAAUGUUGGGAGUAGUCUUUUUAUUUUUAUUUCACUGACAGACCUUCCUUAAAUUUAUGACAUCCCUUUCAAUGUUUCUUUCAUCUUUAUAAAGUCCUAUUUAGGCUUCGCUUUCCUUUGCUCAUUCAUUUCUGUUGUUUUUUCUAAUUUUAGGACUAAAAAUUUAUUUUAAGACUAAAAAUGACAAAAUACACAAUGCAAAAUUUCUCUAGGAAAAUGCUAGAAAUACUCCAACCUAUUGCUUUUGCACAUUAACCGUCAGGUUCUUAAUUAUAGAAUAAUGUUUUAUUAACCAAAAUCUCUAAGGCCUCACUAGUGACAGCAAAGUGACUGCUGGUAUUUACUGUGUACUGUUUCCUCUGUUUAUGUUGUUGUUAACCACCGGUUCCAUGGUCUCUGGUACCCUGUGGUACCCUGUGCCUUUUGUAAUUCAUGUAGUUGUACUUUGAACCAGUUUUAUACAGCUGUGUAACUAAUAUGCCAAAAUAAUGAUGCAAUUUGUAUCUAUUUUCAUAAAUCAGAUCACUGUCAUUUUAUUGGUUAAUUUCGUACCCAAAACUCGGGAAAGUAAAAAAAAUGACAUGUUUAAAAUAUUUCGUCUGAAGAUUUAAAGUGCUAUUCAACCAGAAUCCAUGUUGCUGCAUGGUUUUAUAGACACUCAAACCAGUCUCGUAGCAGAAAAGUCAUAAUGGGAUUGAAAGUAACAGAGUUGAACUCACUGUUAUUUUAAAGAAUUUUAAUUGUGAUAAACCUCAGUGUCUGCCAGUAAAAUCUCCAAGCUGGCAUGGACACUUUCUACUGGCAUCUCUGUGCCACUUGCUAUGACUGUUUUCAGCAUUGAUUGAUUAUGUCGGACACAAUGAUUCAACCUCUAAUCCAGGGAUGCAGCAGCAGCCGCAGUUAUAAACCAGACUUAUUCAGACUACAGUAGAUCUGCCAUGUCUCAUAUAUCCCUGAAUACAUUGAAAGGCCAAAUUACUGUAUGUUUAUACUGUACCUCUAUGUAUUUUCUAUUUUACUAUAAAAUGAGAUUUUGUAGACAUUUACACACAUACAUUAUAUAACUGCGGGGAUUCUAUUUGAUAAUUGUAGCCUGGAAAUCUUAUGUUCAUACUGUAGAUGUAAUUGAAUGACAAUGUCUUUAUGUUCCUGACUCCAGUAGCAGCGUAAUAUUUACACCGUUAUCUCCAGGUAUAAACUGCCACGAUGUGCAAAUACCACCAGGCUGAAGCAACAAGAUUAAAGCUUUUGCUUUGUUUCAAACCCUGA